GUCCCGCGCCAUCCGCCGCCAUCCGCCCCCAUCCUGCCCCAUUCCCGCCGCCACCGGAGUCCCGGACACCGGGAUCGCUCCGACACGCCCCGCGCCCGCGCUGAGCUCUCAAGAUGGUGCGCUACUCCCUGGAUCCGGAGAACCCCACGAAAUCAUGCAAGUCGCGGGGAUCUAACCUGCGUGUGCACUUCAAGAACACCCGAGAGACUGCGCAGGCCAUCAAGGGCAUGCACAUUCGCAAGGCCACCAAGUACCUGAAGGAUGUCACUCUGAAGAAGCAGUGUGUCCCCUUCCGGCGCUACAACGGCGGCGUCGGGCGGUGCGCCCAGGCCAAGCAGUGGGGCUGGACGCAGGGYCGGUGGCCCAAGAAGAGCGCAGAGUUCUUGCUGCACAUGCUGAAGAAUGCAGAGAGCAAUGCUGAGCUCAAGGGUCUUGAUGUGGAUUCCCUGGUCAUCGAGCACAUCCAGGUAAACAAGGCUCCCAAGAUGCGCCGGCGCACGUACCGGGCACAUGGCAGGAUCAACCCCUACAUGAGCUCCCCGUGCCACAUCGAGAUGAUCCUCACAGAGAAGGAGCAGAUCGUGCCCAAGCCAGAGGAGGAAGUUGCCCAGAAGAAAAAGAUCUCCCAGAAGAAGCUGAAAAAGCAGAAGCUAAUGGCUCGGGAGUAAAUCUGCAUGGACAGAUGUAUAUAAAUAAAAUUUUAAAACUUGGA